AUGAAGCGGAAGGGGUCGAAGGUCGCCGGCACGAAGAAGAAGGCACCCCCAACUGCUGCUCCUUCGACACAUGCCCCAUACAAGCCCGGCACCACCCCUCCCUCGGCGCUGCUGGUCGCGGUGGUCGUCGUAGUGCUUGGUGUGCUCGCGUGGUACUGGUGGCACACACCACUCAGCGGAGGCCCGGAGCGGCCGUGGUCGCUUGCGCGGAACGUGCGGCGGGACCUGGGCGUGCCGGUGGUGGACGGCUGGUCGGGCACGGGCGGCGGUUCUUUCUUUGCGGCGAUCGCAGACCACCGGGCCCUCGUCAGCGGGUCCUCCGACCGCGGUGGUGCCACCGAUGAUGACGUCAUCGCCCAGGCCAGCGGCGGCGGGCCGGUGCCGGUGGUGCUGCGGCGCACGGCCAUGAUUGAGCGCUGGCCGGCCCUCUCCCUCUGGCGCUCGCCCGAGUACCUGGCCUCGCGGCCCGACAAGGGGCAGGACAUGUGGACGCAAGGAGUGCCCAACAUGCCGGAGCAGAACUACUCCUCGGUGCACAUGAACGCCACCGACUUCUUCCGACGGAUCCACGGCGCGCCUGAUGGGAAGUACUACUACCACUAUGGCCGGGUGAGGGGCUCGCUGGCGGCGGACGUGUCGCCUAGCGAUCCCUUAUGGCGCACCAGGGACGACGCCGCGCACUUUGGCCUGUUCCUCUGGCUCAGCGGGGCCGACGUGCGUCCGGCCAUUCACUUUGACUCGGACCACAACUUCUUCGUCCACCUGAAUGGCAGCAAGAAGUUUGUGCUGUUCCCGCCCUGGGAGUGGGAGAAUCUGUACCUGUACCCGCGCAUCCACCCGUCGUGGCACAAGAGCCAGCUGUCCUUCGACGCCGUGCCACUCGAGACCUACCCCAACGCGCCGCGCGCCCGCGCAUACGAGGUCGGCUCCACCUCUCCUGCUGUCGCUCGCUGGUCUCUUACCAUCGCGUUUGCGCACAAGCCCAUGCACGAGCUCUUCACGGUGCACUACGAGACGCUGACGUGGCGCCACUACCGCGGCAAGGACCAGAUCAUCGCAGUCAAGCUCUACACCGAGAUGCUCGCGAAGCGGCUGUUGGGCUCACGCGCGCAGCAAUUCGUAGAGGCGGUUCUACGCAGCAGAUGGCCUGAACCGAUGCAGAGCCUCGUCCGUGAAACGGCGACGAUCAGCUGUGACGCUCGAUGGGAGGCCACCUGUGACCGCGACAUGCUGGAAGGCCUGCGCGAUGACGUCGACAUCACCAUGGACUGCUUCGAGCGGCUGGUAGAACCGUCCCUGAAGAACUCGCGGUAUGCGCGGGCCAUCGCCGACAUCCUUCUCGCCGACUGGAUCGAGCUCUCGGCCUCUGAGGUCGUCGGCGCGGCCAACACCUUCCUAUUCCUCCGCGACUGCCUCUACUUCCCAGCCUGA